CUCUGCUUCCUCUCCUGCUUCCCUCCAUCCGUCUCCAAUAAAGGGACAGUUCGCGGGAGACCUUGGUACGCGACUACGCGUACGCCACGCCACAACGCUUCUCGCUCUCCCUCCACUCGUAGCAGCUCGAGCUGCCUGUAGCAGAUAGCGCGACGCUGCGACCUUCGUGUGCCCGGCCGCUCGCCGCCCCGCGCGCAUAAGAGGGAGGAGGAAGGAAGGAGGAGAGAUCGUAGCAAGAGCGAAGCGAGAUGGCUGCCGGGCUGGGCGUGAAGGCGGCGCCGUUCACGUACGUGGCGCACGCGCUGGCCGUGGCGGCGGCGGUCAUGGUGCUCGUCUGGUGCAUCAGCUUCCGGGGCGGCCUCGCGUUCGAGGCGGACAACAAGAACCUCAUCUUCAACGUUCACCCUGUUCUUAUGCUGAUUGGGUACAUUAUCCUCGGCAGUGAAGCCAUAAUGAUCUACAAGAUAUUCCCAAAACUGAACCACGACACAACCAAGCUGAUCCACCUGAUUCUCCACGCGAUCGCCAUUGUUCUUGGCGCCGUCGGGAUCUACUGCGCCUUCAAGUUCCACAACGAGAGCGGGAUCGCCAACCUCUACAGCCUGCAUUCCUGGCUCGGCAUCGGAACAAUCUCGCUGUACGGCAUUCAGUGGAUAUUUGGAUUCGUGGCGUUCUUCUACCCCGGCGCGGCGCCGCACGUGAGGCGCGGGGCGCUGCCGUGGCACGUGCUGUUCGGGCUGUUCGUCUACGUCCUGACGCUGGCGACGGCGGAGCUCGGGCUCCUGGAGAAGCUGACCUUCCUCCAGAGCUCCGGCCUCGACAAGUACGGCGCGGAGGCGUUCCUGGUGAACUUCACGGGGCUGGUCGUCGCGCUGUUCGGCGCCGCCGUCGUCGUGGCCGCCGUCGCGCCGGCUCACGUCGAGGAACCCGAGGGCUAUGCUCCAAUUCCGGUCAACUAGCUAUGUUUCGCGGUUGCUGGAAGUGAUCAUUAAUACCACGAAAUCAAAGGUGUAACAGCAGAAUUCAUAUACCGAUUUGUUUGUAUUCGGUGGACGAUACUGUGCGAUAAUUCAACACUAUCCAGGUAAUUUACGUUUACUACAGUGAAUGCACAUAGUUACCGAAUCCAA